GCCACAGUUUUUUGUACCACAAAGAAUACCUGGAAGUGAUCAUAUCCAGCAGCCGAAAAAAAUGGACUACGUGGAUACCAUAAGGAACUCUUCCUUUCAGCUGGCCACCGAAUUACGAGAGAGCUACUCUCCUAGUCCGUUUCCAUCUUCCUCAAUACCUCCUAGUGGCUCCAUUAAACCCUCUUGUCUUCAAGACACAAUGAAUUCCGAAAGUCUCCCGCUUGAACCACCUCACUUGACCCACUUAUGGAACAGUGACGACAGUAUUAUUUCCAGCAUUAUUGCCCCCCUCAGAAAACGGCUUAUUUGUGGUACCCAGAAUGGAAAGAUCCUUAUCUAUUCACUUGAAGAUUACACACAUUUGGAAACACUAAGUGAACCAGAAAUGACUGGUUCAAAUUUAUGUCUCAGCUUAACCGAAGAUGAAAAGUACCUAUUUACGGCUGGAAGUGAUUCAUUGAUCAAGAUAUAUGAUUUGAGCAGUGAGAGAAUCCAGUGUAUCAAGAUCAUUUAUUCUUCCAUAGACAUCGGAGAUAUAUUCUCCAUUUACUACUGUGAAUUCUUGAAACAUUUAUUUAUCGGUUGCCAAAACGCUUCCAUUGUGUGGUGCAAAGUUGAUUUUUCGAAUGUAGACUAUGCCAUAGCCAUAGACAGAAAUAAUUUACCUCAUUUGAGAUACAACAAGUUUUUUGAUUCAACUGGGCCCGGAGGAAAAGUUAGCACUCAGGCUAAAGAAAUCAAUUUUUUGAAAGAAAUUAGUUUAUGUGAAGUCGAAACUAUAAAUUCAGUACUGUUUGCUCAUUUUGGAUAUAUUUACAACCUUCGGGUGUUUACCAAUGAGUUUCUAUUGUCCAAUUUUCCUCAAUAUUCCAAGAUUUUAAUAAGUGGGGGAGGUGAUGGUUUGAUUAAUAUUUGGGGAAUUCAAUGUGAUCCUCAGACAGAGAAGUUGACACUUUCAAAGGUUGAAUCUUUGCAUAACGAAGAGUCAAUUCUCUCAAUGCACAUAAAUCAGACGUAUUUGUAUGCUGGGUUAUCCAGCGGGGUAAUCAACGUAUGGGACUUGUUGACGUUUCAAAUGAUCAAGUCUUUCAGUACUCCUAAUAAUGAGCAAGUGAAUGCAUUGGUGACAAUGGGUCAAAUGAUAAUUUAUGGGAAUAAGUUAGGUUUGAAUUUGAUCUACAAUCGAAGAGUCUAUAAACUUAACAGCGAUCCAAUCCUAACCUUAUAUUCCUACGAAUAUAGGCCCGACGACCAGAUAGCUUUGGUGGCAGGUGGAAAGAAGGUAGUCACUCUUUACAAUAUGGUGGGCUCUUCAGAACGGGAGACAAUCAAAACCUUCAAAGGUGUUUUGAACAAUGACAUGCUAGUGAAGAAUUUGAAGAAAUUUAUAAGCUAUAAAACUAUUCUGAAAUAUCCUGAAUUAUGUAUGGAUGAUUCCAGAAAUUGUACCAAGUUCUUGAUCAAGCUUUUUGAUAGUUUUGGUGCAAAGUCUACUCAUUUGAUUCCUAUCGACAAUGGUAAUCCUAUUAUUAUUUCUACAUUCAAGAAUACUUCCAAUAGUAAGAAUGCCAAGAGACUCUUGUACUAUGGCCACUAUGAUGUGGUUGAAGCAGAGGAGAGGAACAACUGGUCAGUGAACCCCUUUGAAUUAACCAAUAAAAAUGGGUACUUAUACGGAAGAGGCUCUAGUGAUAACAAAGGGCCCACUUUAGCCAUAAUCCACGCUAUUGCUGAGCUUUUCGAAUCCAAUGAAUUGGAUGUUGACUUUACUUUUGUCAUUGAGGGUGAAGAAGAAAAUGGUUCCAAGCAAUUUAAGGAGACUGUGUUGGAGAACUUGGAUUUAAUCGGUGAUAUCGAUUGGAUUUUAUUGUCUAACUCUUAUUGGCUAGAUGAUGAGAGACCAUGCUUAAAUUACGGCUUAAGAGGUGUUAUAAACUGCUCUAUUCAAGUGGAGAGUGAUCAUCCAGAUCGACAUUCAGGUGUCCAUGGUGGUGUUUGCAAGGAACCCACAAUGGACCUAGUCCAGGUAUUGAAUACGUUGAGUGACCCAGUGACGAAUGAAAUUCUUAUCCCUAAUUUCUAUGAUAAUAUCAAUGAAAGUAGUCCCAAGGAACUUGAAUUUUUCGAUAAAAUUGUUUCAUACAAUCCCAAAUUCAGGCUUGAUGAAUUGAUUGCUCAAUGGACAAAGCCUUCAUUUACCAUACACAAGAUUGAAGUAAGUGGCCCGAAUAAUGAUACUAUCAUCCCCAAAACUGCCACAGCUUCAGUGUCGAUGAGAAUCGUGCCAAAUCAAGAAGUCAACCAAAUAAAAGAUAGUCUAAUCAACUUCUUGACCGACAAUUUCACCAAGUUGAAUUCCACAAAUAAAAUUGACAUUUCUAUAAGCCACGAAGUUGAGCCUUGGUUAGGUGAUGUUGAAAACACAUUCUACAAGGUUUUGUAUGCAAACUUACAAAAGAAUUGGGAAAUUGAACCUUUGCUAAUCCGUGAAGGUGGAUCUAUCCCAAGUAUUAGGUUCUUGGAGAAAACAUUGAAUGCCCCAGCAUGUCAAAUUCCUUGUGGCCAAUCAAGUGAUAAUGCCCAUUUACAAGAUGAAAAAUUGAGAUUCCUCAAUUUAGUGAAAUUGAAAGAUGUUGUCAAAGAUAGCAUUCACGAUUUGAGCAAGUAAUAUUUAUAUUGCAUGUGUAUUAAAACACCACAGUUCUAUACAUACAUAUUUCAUAAUUAUAAUACAAUAAUUUACAAGUUACAAGAUGAAAGCGUUGACUUUGCUCUUGUUGGGUCUAUUGUUAUAGCAUAUUUUGACAUUUUUGUUCAGCUUCAUUAGUUUAUUGAUAUGCCUCGUAGAGUGAGAGUUGUCUGUUUUUUGAAAUUCGUUGGCCAAGUCCACAUCUUUUUCAUAAUAAAGCCAAUGUACUUUUGAUGGUAGUGACAAAAGCUCAUUUAUUUCGUGCAGUUUGACAAAACGAUUAUUAUGGUAGUCUUCUUCAGUUUUUCCUUUGGUUGAAGACGACGUGGUUUCCAGUGUUGUAGAAGCAUCGGAAAAAACGCUUUUGGUAGGGCUUUUCGUCGUCGAAUCUUCAACCGAACUUAAACUCUUGCGAGGAGUGGAAUUGUUCAAACUAGACAAAUAUGAGAGCAAGUCAAUAAGGUCAAAUUUAUGAAACCAAUUCAAUUUAAACUCGGUAAUGACCUUAUCAGUUAAAUCAAACUGCUUGUAGUUGGAAAAAUCCACCGGAAAG